UUUUCCACCGAAAACCAGCCCGGCCGCCCGGCGGCGAGGAGGAAUCCCCAUUCCCCCCCUCCUCACGCACGCUCCUCGCCAUCUUUAGCCUGGACCCCACCUCCCGUGCCCCGGCCAUUAAAGCGGGGGACGCCGACCCGGGCUCUCCCUGCCUCCUCGUCCCGUCCCUCCCAGCGCCCCGUUCCAUUCGACCGCCGACCAGAUCCACCCCCAACACGUCCAGCCAUGCCGGCGCCGCCGCAUCCAACGCCGCUGCUGCCACCGGCGGGGGAGCCGUUCCGCGUGUUCGUGGGGUACGACCCGCGGGAGCACGAGGCGUACGAGGUGUGCCGCCGCAGCCUGCUCCGGCGCUCAUCGAUCCCGCUUGACGUGCGCCCGAUCCGGCAGGCGGAGCUGCGCGCCGCGGGGCUGUACACCCGGGCGCGCGGCCCCACGGAGAGCACCGAGUUCUCCUUCACGCGCUUCCUCACCCCGUACCUGGCGGGGUACCGCGGCUGGGCGCUCUUCGUCGACUGCGACUUCCUCUACCUGGCGGACCUGGCCGACCUCCUCGCCGCCGCGGCCGCCGCCGACCGCGCGGCCGGCGCCGGCCGCAUUGCCGUCGCCUGCGUGAAGCACGAGUACCAGCCCGCCGAGGCCACCAAGAUGGACGGCGCCAUCCAGACGGUGUACCCGCGCAAGAACUGGUCCUCCAUGGUGCUCUACAACUGCGGCCACCCCAAGAACGUGGCCGCGCUCACUCCGGAGGCCGUCAGCACCCAGACGGGUGCCUUCCUCCACCGCUUCGCCUGGCUCGACGACGACGAGAUCGGGGAGGUGCCCUUCGCCUGGAACUUCCUCGUGGGCCACAACCGGGUCGACCCGGCCGACCCGGCCACGCGCCCCAGGGCCAUCCACUACACCUCCGGCGGGCCGUGGUUCGAGCGCUACAGGGACUGCGAGUUCGCCGACCUCUGGCUCAAGGAGGCCGAGGAGCUGAGGGCCGACAAGGACAAGGAAAACGACAAGCUCAAGCUCCUCAAGGACAUGGACGACGCCAACGGCAAGCAGGAGGUGGAGGAAGAGACGGCGCAGGAGAAGGAGAAGGAGAAGGGCAAGUGAUGGUGGUAUUCAUCCAUGGAUCGGUGGUGCUGCAUUGUGUGGAAGUGGAUUGGUUCGUUUCUGUGCUUUGCUGCUAUAGAGAUUUCAUUCUUUCAUCUGUCUUCAACACCAAUGUAGCGUUCCAUUCCAUCGAUCUGUUACUGCUGAUGUCUGGGAGAUUAGGAUGAUUGGUAGGCCUGUAUGGAGUAAGAAGGAAUAAUUUGUAGCUGCAAUCGGAUCAUCAUCCUUUAAUAAGGAA